AAGUUGGGGGCAGUUAUAUAUAGAGAUAGAAAAAUAAUCAUACUUUUUAUUCUGUGUGUAUAAAAAUAUUUGUUUGUAAUAAAUUGAAGACUGAGUCAAUUUGGAUUUGUUCAUCCCCAUACUCUGUCUGGUUAGGCAUUGCAUUUGUGGUCAACGAUCAUAAGAAUGGAAACUGUCCAAAUCUUGCAUUACAUUAUUUUUUCAAGAAACUUCGGUUCGUUCGCCGUUUUUUAACUUUUAAGAAUGUCUAAAUGGAAUACGAAAAGUGUCUUGAAAAUGAGUUCAAGAUUUGUGGUGUGUGUGCUUCUUGUUUCCGUUCGGAUUCUUGAUGUAUCCGCUCUCACCGAUAGUGGCGAUCGUAAGUUUUUUUUUUAUUACGUGAUUUUACGUUUUGCAUUUGGUGUUCUUGAUUAGUUGAAGCAAACCUAGACAAGCAUAGUUCUUCAAUUUUAAGAGGUUUGGUAUUUAGUUUGUUUGAUCUUCGUACUAUGUUCGAUGAAUUCGAUUAAUCGGCAACGUUGCAACGUGAGCCCAAAAACUUGUACCCGCAAUGAUUCAAAAUGUCGAUUAAAUUGCAUUUUAGAGAAACAAUUUCCAUAUCGAUCUCCAUCAAUUAGCUGUAUGUUCUUAUAUAAUCAUUAUAUAUGGUAAGAAAUAUUGUUAUCUAAAAAAACGAGAGUGCAUAACGAUAUUGGUUUCAGACAGUAAUACUAAUAUCAUUAAAGGCAGUUUAGAAUCAUGUUAGAGAAACAGGGUUGAAAUAAAGACAGUUAACAUUGAUUCCAACAGAAUCGAAGAAAGAAGUAGGUUUCUGAGGAACGAAAAGAGCAUAUUCUAUCUCGAGACUUGCUUAACUCGUUUCGUAACACUUCAAGUUUACACCACUAGAACAUCGAAACAAACUGAAAAAAAUCGACACCAGGGUUACUCCCUCUUAUUACAUAUAAUUUUGUCGUGGUUCUUGACCAUUUCUCGAACGGGAUUUAAUCAUGUUAGAAUAUUAAAUUUCUUAGUCGAACAAAUGUAGAAUCCACACCAUGUUCAUCUUUCUUGCAGUUGCUGCUCUAAACGCCAUAAGAUCCAGCUGGACAAACCUCCCACCGAACUGGAUCGGCCCCGAUCCUUGUGGCAACAAUUGGGAUGGCAUCAGUUGCACCGCCACACGUGUCACCUCCUUGAUGUUGGCAGGAAUGGAUGUGCAAGGUAGCCAGUUCAGCGACAUUUCAUCGUUGACCGGAUUAACCUUUUUGGAUCUAUCCAAUAACAUUGGUCUUAAAGGCAUUCUUCCCCCUUCUAUUGGAAACCUUAAAAACCUCUCGACUCUGAUAUUGGUGGGUUGCAGUUUUUUCGGUCCAAUUCCCGAUUCGAUAGGAUCCCUACAGCAGCUUAUAUAUAUAUCUUUGAAUUCUAACGGCUUCAGUGGUCCGAUUCCACCUUCGAUCGGCAAUUUAUCGAAGCUAUCUUGGCUUGAUCUGAGUGUAAAUAGGCUUAAUGGCAGUAUUCCUGUUUCGAGUGAUACUGCACCUGGUUUAGAUAAGCUGCUUAGUGCUAGACACUUCCAUUUAUCCAAUAACCAGCUUUCUGGACCGAUCCCUGAUCAACUAUUCAGCUCAAAUAUGAAAAUGAUACACGCGAUAUUCGACAACAAUAAACUCACGGGAAAUUUACCGACUUCUCUAGGAAAUGUUCAGACAUUGGAAGUCAUACGGUUUGACGGGAAUUCUCUUAACGGACCUAUUCCACCGACUCUCCGUAACCUUACAAGUCUAAACGAGCUGUACUUGUCCAAUAAUAAUUUCAAUGGGAAUAUUCCCAACCUUACGGGCUUGAACUUACUAUAUUACGUGGACAUGAGCAAUAAUAGUUUCAACGCAUCGGGGGUUCCUCGUUGGUUUACUAACCUCCAGUCUUUGACAACAUUAAUGAUGGAAAACACAAACUUGCAAGGACAAAUUCCGGUUGACAUCUUCCGACUUCCUCAGCUGGAGACAGUUGUGCUCAGCCGCAAUAAUUUGACCGGAUCCUUAGACAUCGGCAAUAGCUACCGGACCAACUUAAAUGUCGACUUGCAGAAUAAUUCAAUCACCGACUUUCAGCAAAAAAACGAUUACCGCUUGGACCUAACACUUGCUGGUAAUCCAGUUUGCAAUACUAACGGAGCGACGGCAAAAUACUGUUCCAUCAAAAAACGCGGCAAUAAUAUUUCACCGACGAAUAAAUGCGGGACGAAAUCGUGCAAAUCAACCGACGUGUUGAGCCCUAAUUGUCAAUGCCUACAUCCAUACACCGGAACACUGCAUUUCUUUUCUUUCUCGUUCACCGAUUUACAGAAUUCGACGUAUUACGACAGUCUUCGUGGGACCCUCAUGUCUAGUUUUCUCUCCAGAGGGCUUCCGGUUGAUUCGGUCAUCCUUAAUAAUCCGACGAUGGACGUUAGUUCUUACCUACAAAUCCCGUUGCAAAUAUUUCCUUCGGGCCAAGAUUCUUUCAACCGAAGUUCCAUUUCAACGAUCGGUUUUCUACUCAACCGUCAGCCUUUCGAGAUCAAAUAUUUCGGACCGUUCUUCUUCAUUCACGAACAGGUUAUUCAUUUUGGUAACUAUCGCCUUUUAGGAUCGAAAAAUUCGUUACAUGUUGGAGUUAUUAUUGGUGUAGCGAUUGGUGGUUCGCUUCUCGUGCUCAUGAUUGUGUUGGCGGGAAUUUACGCUCUUCGUCAGAGGAAAAAAGCGAGAAAAGCUAUCGAAAAGAGCAAUCCUUUUGCUUCUUGGAAUGCUGAAAAAGAAAGUGCAGAGGUGCCUCAGCUUCAAGGAGCGAAAUGUUUCUCGUUCGAUGAUCUGAAAAAAAUUACCAAUAAUUUCUCGGAAUCAAAUUGUAUUGGUUUUGGUGGAUAUGGGAAGGUUUACAAGGGAAUCGUUGGUUCAGCACAAGUAGUUGCGAUAAAGAGAGCUCAACAAGGGUCGAUGCAGGGGGCCCACGAGUUCAAAACGGAGAUCGAGCUUUUGUCGAGGAUUCAUCACAAGAAUGUGGUCAGCCUCGUUGGAUUCUGUUACGAGCAAGGCGAGCAAAUGCUUGUCUAUGAGUAUAUAUCUAAUGGUACUCUCAGAGAUUGUCUCUCAGGAAAAUCGGGAUUCUGGUUGGAUUGGAGUAAAAGACUGAAAGUAGCACUAGAUGCUGCAAAAGGACUAUCGUAUUUGCACGAACUAGCGGACCCACCAAUCAUACACAGAGACGUCAAAUCGACGAACAUUUUAUUGGACGCUAAUUUAAACGCCAAAGUCGCUGACUUUGGUUUGUCGAAGCUCUUGGGUGAUUCCGGAAAGGGCUACGUCAGCACGCAAGUCAAAGGGACAUUGGGGUACUUGGAUCCGGAAUACUACAUGACGCAACAAUUAACCGAGAAAAGCGACGUAUACAGCUUCGGAGUCGUAAUACUGGAGCUGAUAACCGCUCGAGUCCCAAUACAGCAAGGCAAGCACAUCGUAAGAUUAGUGCAGGACGCAAUAAAAGACCCGAACUACCCUCAACCGUUCGAUCAGAUAAUCGACCCCACCCUCGAAUCAGGAUCGAAGAUCAACGGUGUGAGGAAGUUUGCUGACCUGGCACUGAGCUGCGUCAGAGAAACCGCCACGGACCGACCCUCAAUGGGCGAGGUUGUGAGAGAGAUCGAGAAACUCAUGGAGUUGGCGAAAAAUUCUUAUGACAAGAAAACGGAGAAGGGGUUUUCUUCGUCUAGCUUCGAUGAACGAAUCGAAGAGAGUCCUCUUCAUUCUUCAACCACUGAGAGUUUCGAUGUGAGCUAUGGUUCUUUUCCUUUUAAUGGAGGGCGACAUUGAUUAAAUUGUUGAAAAUAUUGAAUUAGAGUUAUAUAUAUAUAUAUAACUUAGAUGAUAGUUUCUAUGAUUGUUUUGUGAUUUGGUAUAUUUGUAGUCAAAUUCCAUGAGUCUUAGUGAGGUGUGUGUAUUUGUUAAUUAUAUAUAGGCCAAACAAUGUAAACUCGUUUCGGUUUCGGUUUCGGUUUCGGUUUUGGUU